AUGGCGUCAUCAGAACCGUGUGGUCGCACCCCUGUGAAGAAGAAAAGUGGGCGCAGGUGGAAGCAGCGGCACUCUGGGUCAUCUGCAUCACUGGCUACUGCUGCAUCAGCUGAUUCCCCUGGACCAGCUUCUCCCUACACAGCUGAGACAGGAGCCAUUGGUACCAGCAGCCUUGCCACAGUUGAUCUAGCAACUAGUACAGACCUGUUGUACGAGCGGAGCUCGACAGAGGGCUUGGAUCUACUGUCCACUGUCGCUGCUGAGCUUUGCACUGCAGUAAAAUCCGUGGAAACACAAACUGAAGAAAGAAGUGUGUCAAGCAAGAAUUUCUCGGUGUUCAUGUGCUUCAUUAGUGAGUCAGGGACAUCAACUCAAGCGACACAUCUUGAGACAUGCGACAACAGUGUGCAACACAAGCCAGAGGUCAGUAGCAGGCAUAGUGGCUCUGACCACAGAACCAGCUACUUCUCCGGCUACGACAGCAUCGCUAAAUCUGCAAAUGCAUUGCAAGACCUGUGCAGUGUCAGCAAAGAAGUGUUUGCAAUGCUUCUGAGCAUGCUUCCACCUUCAGAGCGAAAAUGUGAUGUCACUGCUGAGAAUAAGCUUCUUUUGUUUCUUUUGAAGUUAAAGCUUGGAAUCAGCUACUCAUCACUGGCUAUUCUCUUCUCGGUAAGCGAAACGUCGGCAUCAAGGCAUUUCAAGAGCGUUCUCAAAACGCUCGCUGUGGCAACUAAACAAUGGAAUUUUCGCCCCCUAUCAAGAGUGAUUCAGGCCACAAUGCCAGACAGCUUUAAGGUGCAUUAUCCUAGCUGCACUAUGAUUAUUGACUGCACAGAAAUACGUACAGAGCAGCCACCAACUGUGCAACAAGAACGAGUCUUGUACUCAAAUUACAAAGGCGCAUAUACGCUGAAGUUUUUAGUGGCUGUAACACCAGGAGGAAUGAUUUGUUUUUGUUCAAAAGCCUAUGGUGGUAGACUGUCUGAUGCCCACAUUACAGUUGAUUCUCGUUUCCUCGAUCUUGUUCAGCCUGGGGAUACAGUUCUUGCCGAUAAGGGAUUUCCAGGCAUCCAGACAGUUUUAGGAAGCCAGAAUGCUGUUCUUGUUAUGCCUCCAUUUCUCCAUGCCUCUCAGUUUACGCCAGAGGAGGUUAGGGACACUUACAAUAUCGCUCAAGUGCGGAUACAUGUCGAACGAAUGAUUCAGAGGAUUAAAAUAUAUAAUGUCUUGAACAACAAAGUACCAACUGAGCUUAUCCCAUGCAUGACGGAUGUCUUUCAUGUCUGCUGUGUGCUAGCAAACCUCUAG